AUGGCUGCCUCUUUUGGGGCUGGUCGCUUCUGGGGUGACACGGGCGACGGCGAAGGACGCACGCUUUUGCACUGGAACCCAGAAGCUCUGGCACAUCUUUGGCGUGACCAGGCCCAUCCGACCAAUCAGGAGACAUCCCGGAAGGACGGGGACCACCGCGGAGAGCCUCCCGUGAAGGGUGCCAUCCCUGCGGGCUUGGGGAAUGGUUCAAAGCUGUCUCAUGGCCCUCAUGGCCAGCCGCAAGAGCUGCCCCGGGUCGAGCGCCAAGCCGAGCCGAUGGAGCCAGUCGAGGUGGUCGAGCUCCCUGAGCCUGGGAAGAUGGAGUCCCCAUCGCGCGCGCAGCGUAGACCACUGCACGCCGCCGUGGACAGUGACUCGAAUGACACUCCAGACGGUCAAGAUGAAGAACCUCGAGAAACUUCAUCCACCAGAGCCCCUGGCGCAUCCGGAGCCCAGCGGAUGGUGUCCUUCCACCUCUCGCAGCCCGAUUCAGGAGCCAAUGAUCCCUGGGCCAACUUCCGGCCCGGCAAAGCAACGGUGCCGCCGGAGCGAACCCGACUGGAGGCUGGGAGUCGUAACGGACAGGAUCGAGCUCGAGAUCGGAGCGAGCCGAGGACGCAGGGCACCGGCCCUCGUAAGACGAGUGGAGCUCCUGCAGGCUCCGAGUCCACGACGCGGGUUCGCUUGGGCAAAGACCUCGCUCAAAGUUGGACGACGAGGGAGAUAUUGCAUGCGGCUGAACUGCAUCUGGAGGAGUUCGAUGUCGUUCAUGCAGUGGUGGCGCUGCAUCGGAUCGCCAAGAGCACUGACCGCGGAGAGCUUCGGCACGACCAGCGCCUGACGGCUAUACUGGCAAAGCUUGCAGCCACUGCGGCAGAAGCAACUACUGUGUCACCGUCCGACAACGAGAUGCCACAUGUGAAGGAAGUUUCCAAAGCAUUGUGGGCGCUCGCGAAAGUUGGACCAUGGGCAGACAACUUCGAAGGCUACGGCCCACGUGGCCUGGAAAGUGGGUCCUGGAGUGGCCGGGCGUGGACUGGCGUGCACCGAAGCCUGAAGGCGUUGGGCACGUCCGCGAUCGGGCGCUUGCACGAGUUGGAUAGCCAUGGCCUUUCCAAUGUCGCCUGGAGCCUGGCAGUGGCCCGCUUCGACCAGCGAGGCUUCGUGACGGCCAUCGCCCGCAGCGCCCUGCAGCUGCUCCCCGACUUCCAGGCCCAAGGUCUCGCCAACACCGCCUGGGCCAUGGCCCACUUGCUCGCAGAGCCAGAGGGACGAGGCCCAGAACGAAAGCUGCUGGAGAGCAUUGCCAAGGAGGUUGGUCGCAAUGCGCACGAUUUCACGCCACAGGGUUUGGCGAAUAUUGGCUGGGCCUUUGCCACUUUGGCCUUGCGUCACGAGCACCUGAUGGACGCGGUAGCCCGAGAGCUAGCAGAGGGAGCUGGGAACUGGUCCCAGCAAAACCUGGCGAACAUCCUCUGGGCCUUUGCAAAGGUGGCCGUCCAGCCCAGGCCUGGUGCCAUCCGUGCCGUCGUCGACGAUGCGCUGCUCACCAUUCAGUCUUGGAGCGCGCUGAACAUCGCCAACCUGACCUGGUCCUUUGCCAAGCUGGCGGUGCGGCACCAGGAGCUCUUUGCAGCAGUGGAGACCGAGUGCCAGCAGAAGCUGCUGCACUUCUCCUCCCAGAAUCUGGUGAAUGUGGCUUGGGCCUUCGCCAAGGUGGUGCUGGCGCGGCAGCACUUCUUCGAGCGGGUAGCUCGCCGGGCUGUCGAGCUCGCGCCGGACUUCAACCCUCAGAAUUGCUCCAACGCGGUCUGGGCCUUUGCUGCCGUGGGCCUGGCCAGCCCCCACCUCCUAGCUGCCACUGCGCGCCGCGCCGAGGAGCUGGCGCCGGAGCUCCAAGCACAGGACCUGGCCAACCUCGCUUGGGCAUUCGCGAAGCUGGGAAGGCGUGAUGCGGCGCUGGAAGAGACCGUUGCAUCCGAAGUGGUGCAAAAGGUCGACAGCUUCUCACCACAGCACCUCUCGAUCAUCGUGUACUCUUUCGCUCAGCUGCUGGCCGCAGGCGCCGGAAGCACCGCAGGACUGCAAGCCAUGCCGAGAGUCUUUGGGGAGGACCUGCGCCGGUCCAAUAUGGCACCUGCCCCUUCGACGCCUGCUAUGGUUGAGGCCAUCCUGAGUGCUGCUUCAAAGCGCGUGAGGGAGUUCGAUGCCCAGGGCCUGACGAACCUUGCCCAGUCCCUGGCAAAGCUGGAGAUACAGCGGGAGGGCCUUCACAACGCCUUGGUUGAGGAGGCGACGCCCAAGAUCUCCACCUUCACGAAUCAGGAGCCGGU